AUGGAAUACAUAAAUGCCCAUUUUGUGGCACUAGACGACUUGCAAAAUGUUGACGACCACAUCCUGCAGCUCAAUGACCGUCUUCUGAAAAUCAGCAGUGCUGUGGACGAUAAAAAGACUGGAACAUCUAAAAGCAUACCUGAGUCUACCAGCAGGCUUUUGGCUCAGCUAGAAAAUAUAAAUCCUGACCAAUUGAAGUCACUUUUGCUGGAGCAUGGAACACAAGACGUGAAGAGCAGGUACGAUAGCUUGCUUGAAGAGAAAGCACAGAUUGAAACACAGAGAGAGGCAUUGGCUCUUGGAGCUGACAUCGAGGACAUUCUUGAUAAAGGAGACUCCCUAGGGUUGGAUGACUUGAAGGAUUGUGCUACAAGAGCUGAAGAAAUUGACCAGUUUGACAUCAGGGAGCUUCUAGAUGCCAAGCUCAUGGAGGUGAUCAACCGUAGGAAACAGCUGCUCUUGCCUAAGCUAGAUGCUCUUCUUAAGGAUAUCAAGUGGCUCUCGCCUAAAGAACAGGUUUCUAUUCCUGCCUCCACAAUGAAAGAAAUCACCACCGCCAUUGGCCAACUAGUGGACCUUCAGGCUAUUUCUGCCGUUCCUCACUACCCGAACGUUUGGUGGGCUUUGGAGAGCCUAGUGAAACCAUUUGUGGUUCGUUUCAACUACCACUUCUCUCAAGCCUCCGAAACAAACAGAAUGUCUCGUCCUGAGUGGGCCCUCAAUUACGUGGAGAAGUUCUUUGAAGACUACCUUUCCUCGAUUGAGUUGGUCUUGGGCGACGUUUUCGUUAAACACGGCCGUGUUGGUGUUUUUGAGGUUAUAACAGCAGCACUCGUGCCUGUCCGGGAUAAAAUUACUGGCAUGACGCAAUUGCUCAAUUCACAUAUCGAGAAAGCUAAUGAGGAGGACAAUCUGACCGACUUGGAAAAAUAUGGCCGGGUUCUCUCGCAUUUGAUCUUCGAAAUGGCGUCAUUCGAUCAACGCCUCCGCAUAAACUACAAGUACAAUCCACAUGUCGAGUGCUUUGAAAAAGCACCACAGAGAAAAUGGUUAGGUCUUACAGGCGACAUUUUCAUGGGCUCUUCUCUGAAAGAUAGCCCCGUUGUGACUAACUGGCUCAACUUGGAACUUCAGCUUGCGAAGAAGAGAUUUGACUCUGAUAUCAUCGGCGCCGUCGACGCCUUCAGCAUUGAUUACGAGUACGACGCCUCGUCUGCCAAUUCUCACAACGUGCUCAAACCGAGCUACUCUGCAUUUGCGUUGGUGAAGCUUUUUGACAACUUGACCACCCAUUUUAAGACACUCAGCAUUGUGAAGUACCAGCUCAAGUACGUGUCGAACAUCCAGCUUACGUUUCUCGACGAGUACCUCAAAGCAUUAGAAAACACAUUCAAAGUGUUCAACGAGUCUCUCAGCUCGAAGCUCAUAGCAAAUUUCCUUCCGGGCUCUGCUAAGCAGGAGGCCACUACAACAACACCUGUGGUUGUCAACAACGGCCUCAAAGGGUUGGAAAUGCUCACAGGUAUCUACUGUUCAUUGAAGUUCAUCAUUCAGCAUAUGGAGGAAUGGAGUGGAGAGCUCUUGUUUAUUCAGCUCUGGAACUUCUAUAAGUCCAUUGCAACAAGCACCGUUACUGACGAAUCCAUCUUCACUUCCUCACUUGACGAGUAUCAGGCUAUGCUCAAGAGGGUAUUCUCCAAAUACGAGGAAUUCUUCAGAAAGGAGAUCCGUGCUGCACUCAAACAGUUUGUGAACUCGGGCGUGUGGGUUAUUGACGAUGAAAGCCAUAAAAACCAGCCUUCAACACUGCUUUCCAACUUCAUCACCAUCGUUCCAGCAUACAUGUCUUUCCUCAGGCGCUCGCUUCCUGACGCAGACUACUUCUUCGUCACCAGUAAAGUGUGUGACUCUUUCUCGCGUAUUUUCCAAGAGUACGUGGUUACGAAUAACCAGUUCAAUGCCAAUGGCGUGGAACAGCUCAAGACCGACUUUGACUGUCUCUUGGGUCAUUUGGCUGGUCCGCUCAUGCUCAACGAAGACCAUGCCCUUUUCACAAACUCAAAGAACAGAAACUACAAGAAAGUGCUACAAUCGCUUGAUAUGUUGAGCACUCUCGAUGUUUCUACGGCUAAGCUGCUCCGUAGUAACGCUGUGGAGGCAUCUGAGGUGAGGCUGCGGUUCCUGGAUAAUCUCGACUGUUUGAGCGACAGAGAAGUCAACGAUUUGCUUUUCAGAAUUGUUUAA